AUGUGGGCCAACAAUUGGUAUUGCCCAUAGCUAAGGGCACUCAGGAGACGCUGUAUUGUGUGUGUGAAAAGUGCUGGGAUGAUAAUUUGGAUUUACUUAUGAAAUGGGUACAGUCGUCGACUAUGCAUCCUUAACUGGUAUUGUCACACAAUAUAGAUUUGGUGCUAAAGAACAGCGAUACUAAACGUAAUAUUUUAAGUCUGAUAAUUGCGUAUGAUUUUGAGGACCCGAUAUUUAAAAUACAUCAACGUCUAUUAACGGGAAGGCAUUUUUAUAUAAACAUAAUUUUAAUGCUAGAACCAGUGGAAGAUUUUCAAAAAGUCAUCGCUGUGCUGAGGUAUUUCUAUGAACAGAAAUUUGUCAAUAGCGAUGUCUACUAUCUGAAUGCCAGUAGUCAGCGGAAUGAGGUCUUCAGCUAUGAUGCUUAUCCGAGAUUUGCGGUUUUAAAUAAAAGUCAUCUGGUGGGUGAUGUGCGCAAGUUUUAUUAUAAAAUUAUCGAUAAAACCGAUUUAAAAGGUUAUCGUUUUGACACGCCCCUUAUGCAGGAUCCACCUAAAGUUAUACGUUAUAAAAAUAAACUCGGAUGGCCCCGUAUACAGGGAGUUACUUACAAUAUCAUACAAUUGACUUUGGCUUAUUUAAAUGGCACCUUAAAUGAAACUGAAACCCAGCAGCAGUCUUGGCAGCAGGACCGCAUACCCAUAGUGGAUAUGAAAUAUGUUUUAGAACAGGUGCGUGAGCGUAAAGUAGAAUUGGCCGCACAUGCUUAUGCUUUAUUUCAUAAUGAUGCAAGGGUUCAGAAAAGUUAUCCUCUCUUAGUGGUUAAUUGGUGUUUAAUGGUGCCCAUUUUUAAUCAUGAGUUUACCAUGUUCUACCCCUUUAUGCCGUUCCAAUGGAAGGUAUGGCUUACUUUCACGUUUGCCUUUGUGGUCAUUAAUAUUGUCAGUUAUAUAUUUCUAAAACUCCAUGGCAUAGAUCAUACCAAUUUUAUUUUAAUCAAUUUCUGUAAAUUCAUCAAUACCGCUCCUCCUAAGCCAAAUCAAAAUCCUACAAAAUUAUGGUUUGAUAUGUUACUUAAUGGUUUUAUAUUCAUUCAAAGUUUUUUCCUCUGUGCCUUUUAUACCUCUACCCUGGGCAGUUUUCUAACCGUUACCAUAAUACGCAAACAAAUCAACUCACUGGCCCAGUUAAUAGAAUCCCAAUUACCUAUUAUGAUUAUAGACUACGAAUUGGAAUUUUUACUAGAGGCCCAAUUUGAUUUGCCUCUUAAGUUUUGGCAACUUUUAAGACCCGUCAAUUCUUCUACCUUCUAUCGUCAUCAAUUCACUUUGAAUAGUUCCUAUGGCUAUUUUACCACCUAUGACACCUGGCAUUUUCUCAAUCUCCAGCAAAAGCAUUUAAAGCCAGCCCUAUUUCGUUAUACGGAUAUUUGUUUUGGUGAUUAUCAUUUAGCCUUUCCCAUGAUUACCGAGUCGCCCAUAUGGCGUGAUGUAGAAUAUUUAAUGCUACGCAUUCAUUCCUCCGGUCUAUACUAUUAUCACGAACAAAAAUCAUUCGAGUAUGCUAUACGUGCUGGCCUGGUGCGUUAUCGUAAUGAACAUUCCAGUUUUCAGACUGUGGGCUUUGUCCACUUGAAAUUGGUUUUGGGGUUUUUUAUAUUUGGUCUAUUUGUUUCAUUUUUAAGAUUUUUCUAUGAAUUGUGGCAAAAUUGGAAAAUGCAUGAACUGGCAAAUGUGGAAUAUAGUUUUUUGAAAAAAGUUUUUAACAUUUUUAAAAACUUUCGAUUUAAUCCUAUGAAGUGAU